AUGGCAGUUGAUCCAGCAGGUGAGGGGGUGGGAGGCUGGCAGAGGAGCGGGCCGGCGCGGGAGAGGCGCUCGGCGCGGGUCGGCGAGCGCCUACCGCGCGCUGGGCGCCGGCGGCUGCCGCUCGUCUCGAGCGCAGCGGGGGGCGCGGGGUGCACAGGGGCCGCCGAGGCCCACCGCUCGGAGGGAGCCCAGCUGGCGCGAGCCGUGCCCGAGCAGCAGGGCGUGGCAGGCUGGCAUGAGCGCGGCAGGGCCGGCGGCGGCACCCUCAUGCUCGCCGAGGCCCCCGAGCAGCCGCCUGGCGGCGGCCAGGGCGAGCGCGCCAUGGAGGUCGCGGCGGGCGCCGCCUCCGCGCAGCAGCACCGCAGCAGGGAGCAGCGUGCCCGCAUGGCUCUGGGGCUGCUGCUGGCCUUUGUCGCCUUCACGGAGUUCCUGCCCUCGGAGCCAUUCCUGACCCAGUUCCUGACGUCGAAGGGGCUGACCAAGGAGCAGGUGGACCACGACCUGUUCAGCCUCUGGAUCUACGUCCGGCUGCCGCUGCUCCUCGUGGUCGGCGCCCUCGCCGAGCACGUGGGCAGCGCCAACGUGCUGCUACUGGGCUCCGCGCUCGGCUGCUUCACCGUCGCGGUGACGCCUUCAGCGCGUGGAUACCCGCGCUGCAGGCCACGCAGCUGACCGUGGCGGCGUCGCUGGCGGCGCACUCCGGCCCCCAGUACGCGGUGCUUUUCGAGGUCAGCGCGGUGCUGGGCAACGACUACCAUCGCACGUCCACUGGCUCAUGGCCGUGCUGCUGUGCUCGAACUGCGCCGCGGGCGUGGUGGGCAACGCCAUGCUCUCCGCGGGCCUGCCCUACCACCGGAUCUGGGAGCUGAGCCUGGCCGCGCAGGCGGC